AUGGCUGGCACAGCUUGGUGCUUUGGUGAGGGUGUCCUGUCAGAAAAAAAGGCUAAUUUUGAUGGCGAUGACUUUGAUGAUGUGGAAGGGGAUGAAUGACUCACUACUCUAUACAUGACCAAAUAUGAGCGAGCUCACAUGCUGGACACUCCGGCUCAUCAUGUAUGUCACUGCGAUGGUACCCAGACAGACCCUUCACUCACCUCCGUGAAGAAACUCAAGGCCUGAAAUAUCCUCAUCUUCCUUCACUGCCAUCUGCCAGCUGGGAGCUAUGAGGGCUGGGGUGGUCAAUGA